AUGGGUGAAUUGAACUCGAGCCUUUGUCAACUAAAUUGGCUCAUUUCCAAAAAGGGUGAAGCUGUGAAUGAGUCGCCAAGCAUUCCUGAGCCACCAAAGCCAAGGGUUGUUCGGGAUGACGAUAAACCACCGUACUCCUAUACUCAGCUAAUUCGGAUGGCAAUAGAGAAUACACCGGGUAAAAAAUGCUCACUUAAUGGGAUUUACACGUAUAUCAUGGAUAACUUCAAAUACUAUCGAGAAAACCGGAACGCCAGUUGGAAGAAUUCCGUCAGGCACAACUUAUCUCUUAACAAGCAGUUCAGACGUUUAGACAAAAAAGAAGGCGAGAAAGGAUCUCUAUGGGUAUGUGUCAAUGCACCAGAGAGGCGACUACGUUCGUUGGAUGGUUCCCCACCUCGUAUUAAUCCGACGAUUGAACGAUUGUACAUCAAAGGACGUCUUGCAGCACAUACAACUCCGCCUACAAAUGCCGGUGAGAACAACCAUUCGGUUGUUGAUCGCGAUCAGACGAACACAUUGACGGAGAAAUUUCCCGAAGCACUGUUUUCAGAAGAAAUGCAACUAGAGAACGAUGAUGACCUCUCCGAGUUGUCCCUGUUUGCGUCUCAAGACCUAUCAGCAUCCUUCAAAGCUGUCUACGAUCAGUUGUUUCCUAGCGAUGAUCAGUGUGAUAAGAAUAAGACGGAAGAACAAAUUGAUUGGCUAAAAAUUGGAAUGGAAACAGCAGGUAUCGACUAUUCUAAUGAGGAUGAUUUACGCAAUGUGGACACCGAACGUCUCAGUGAUUACAUGAGUAGCAUGUUCCCUGAGUACAUGUCCUAUCGCGCCAAUGACGAAUUUCAACGGAUUAAUGAUUACAAUAACAUUCAUCGUUUGUCAAUGACACAUGGUAGUCAUGAAAUGGUGGAUGAUGAGUCUGAAGACGAGUUCGAUUGGAGUAGUAUAACCUGA